GGUGGGGCAGCCGCCGCAGGCCCACGCCGUAAACAGACAAGAUGGCGGCGGCGGCGGUGCCUGGGACCUUGGGCACCUUGCAGGCCGGCCGCGCUCGCCUGGUGGCCUCUUGUUGUGUGCGGCUUGGCCCCGGGUGGAGGCUGCCGGGUUACUUAAUGGGCCCGCGGGUCGCCCCGGCGAUAUGGGCCCGGGGCUGGGCUCCCGCGGUCGGGGGCUCGGCCCCGCGGAGGGGCUACAGCUCUGAAGUGAAGACGGAGGACGAGCUGCGGGUGCGGUACCUGGAGGAGGAGAACCGAGGAAUUGUGGUGCUUGGAAUAAACAGAGCUUAUGCCAAAAAUUCAUUCAGUAAAAAUCUGAUAAAAAUGCUCUCAAAAGCUGUGGAUGCUUUAAAAUCUGAUAAGAAAGUACGGACCAUAAUAGUCAGGAGUGAAGUCCCAGGGAUAUUCUGUGCUGGUGCUGACCUUAAGGAGAGAGUCAAAAUGAAUCCCAGUGAAGUUGGUCCUUUUGUCUCCAAAAUAAGAGCAGUGAUUAAUGAAAUCGCUAAUCUUCCAGUGCCAACAAUUGCAGCGAUAGAUGGACUUGCUUUGGGUGGUGGCCUUGAGCUGGCUCUAGCAUGUGAUAUACGCGUAGCAGCUUCCUCUGCAAAAAUGGGCUUGGUUGAAACAAAGUUGGCAAUCAUUCCUGGUGGAGGGGGGACGCAGCGCCUGCCACGCGCUAUCGGGAUGUCCCUGGCCAAAGAGCUCAUCUUCUCUGCACGCGUGCUUGAUGGCCAAGAAGCCAAAGCCGUGGGCUUGAUCAGCCAUGUUCUAGAGCAGAACCAGGAGGGGGAUGCUGCCUACCACAAGGCCUUGGACCUAGCAAGAGAGUUUUUACCUCAGGGACCCGUUGCAAUGAGAGUGGCAAAAUUAGCAAUUAAUCAAGGGAUGGAGGUUGAUUUAGUAACAGGAUUAGCCAUAGAAGAAGCUUGUUAUGCUCAGAUGAAUUCUGAAGGCAGUGUGAGAGCAGGGUGCCUGACGGGGAGAAUCGAGGAUGCCGACACGUACCUCAGGUGGUCAGGGCCAGCCCUCGUGGCCCCCGUCCACGCAGCGCGAGCCUCGGGAGGCAAGUUGGCCAACAAAGGGGAAAGGCAGCCUCGAACCUUCCUCCCCACCAUACAAAACAUCUGCUCUUUGCGUCCCAUUCGCUGCCUACGUAACUGGCUCGGAACUUUCCAAUGGAAUGACACCGUGGGUGUGUCAGACUCCAGUGGUUCUUUCUGUUCCUAUUUGUACGAGCUCUGAAAGGAGUGCGGA